CUCUCGGAAGCCGUAGACCUAUGAGGUCAUCUACGCUACAUGUGGACGUACGUGAUGGAAGAACGUGCCCACACCCUCCAGCCCCGCCCACUUCAGCCGGGUCCUGUACGUGACACUUCCGUGCGUCUGACGUCACCAAACGGUGCUAAGAACUCAGCUGACGCAGAUCGUCUCCGUCCAUCGGGGACCCCGAAACCUCCGACACCUCCGACACCCGCCGGUAACUGACGUCAUCAGCGCCCCCCGCAGUACAUUGUCUUUCCUUCUUACUCUUUUGACUGAACUCCAAGACAAUGUCUGAAGGGGAGAAUAAAGUUGCCCCAAGUACAGGAUCUGACCCUAAAUUGGACAGUGCUGUCUCCAUGUCUCCCCCGGUUAGUGCACCCUCUGUGCCUGCCCAAGAAGAAGAGGAGGAAGAGAGCGAAGAUGAGUCUGAGAUCCUUGAGGAGUCGCCAUGUGGUCGCUGGCAGAAAAGACGUGAAGAGGUAAACCAGCGCAAUGUGCCCGGCAUCGACAGCGCCUACCUCGCCAUGGACACCGAGGAGGGGGUGGAAGUGGUGUGGAACGAGGUGCAGUUCUCAGAGAGGAAAAACUUCAAGCUGCAAGAGGACAAGGUGAAGGCCGUCUUUGAUAACCUCAUCCAGUUGGAACAUCUGAACAUUGUGAAGUUUCACAAGUAUUGGGCGGACGUGAAGGAGAACAGAGCCAGGGUGAUCUUCAUCACAGAGUACAUGUCGUCCGGGAGCCUCAAGCAGUUCCUGAAAAAGACCAAGAAAAACCACAAGACGAUGAAUGAGAAGGCCUGGAAGAGAUGGUGCACACAGAUCCUGUCUGCGCUCAGUUACCUUCACUCUUGUGACCCUCCAAUCAUCCAUGGAAACUUGACCUGUGACACCAUCUUCAUUCAGCACAAUGGACUCAUCAAAAUUGGCUCUGUGGCCCCAGAUACCAUCAACAACCAUGUGAAGACAUGUCGCGAGGAGCAGAAGAACCUGCACUUCUUUGCACCUGAAUAUGGAGAGGUAACAAAUGUGACCACUGCCGUGGACAUCUACUCUUUCGGGAUGUGCGCCCUGGAGAUGGCAGUUCUGGAGAUCCAGGGGAACGGAGAGUCGUCGUAUGUGCCCCAGGAAGCUAUAAACAACGCCAUCCAGUUUCUGGAGGACCCUCUGCAGAGGGAAUUCAUCCAGAAGUGUCUGGAGAUGGACCCCAGUAAACGUCCCAACGCCCGAGAGCUGCUCUUCCACCCAGCUUUGUUUGAGGUGCCAUCUCUGAAGUUGCUGGCGGCUCAUUGCAUCGUGUCUCAUCAGCAUAUGAUCCCAGAAAAUGCCUUAGAAGAAAUGACGAAGAACCGGGACAUGAGCUCCGUCCUAGCCGAGAUCACACACAGUGACCGGGUUGGUGUGAACAUGAUGUUCUCACAGUCACCGGCUCUGGAGCUGGACAAGUUUCUAGAAGACGUCAGAAAUGGCAUUUACCCCUUGACCGCAUUUGGAAUUCCUCGACCUCAACAGCCACAGCAGGAAGAGGUGAAAUCUCCCGUCGUCCCUCCCUCUGUGAAGACCCCAACUCCUGAACCAGCUGAGCUGGAGACACGAAAGGUGGUUCAGAUGCAGUGCAACAUUGAGUCUGUCGAUGAAGGCACAAAGCACCACGUGACGUUAUUACUAAAGCUGGAGGACAAGCUGAACAGACACCUAAGCUGUGACGUAUUACCCAAUGAGAACAUCCAGGACCUGGCCAUGGAGCUUGUGCAGCUGGGCUUUGUCAGCGAGGCCGACCAGAGCCGACUCACCUGUUUACUUGAAGAAGCUUUCAACAAAUUCUUCUUUGCUCGGAAUGGAAACAUGAUGGCCGUUACGGUGUCAUCAUAGCAAUUAGUAGCAUCAGCAGGCUGGACUGUUACCCGAACCGCUCUGCAGCUGAGCAUCCACCCUCAUCUGUCAUUUCCACUUCCCUGCUGCCAGGAACAGUGCAGAACGCAGGAAGAAAUCUCGCCCAUCGUCAUAAGGAACACAAGAUGUCAAUUGCAGUAUGCUGGCUACAACCUCCAUUCUGUGCCUGCCAGAUACAGAAGUCUGUACACCUGCAGACUCUGGACUCCUUGGGCUAGACGCAGAGGUCAAUGCUGGUUUGGUCGGAGACUCGGGGCAAUUAUGGCUAGGAAAAGAGGUUCAGAGCAGUUCCUUGGCGGUUUCAGGACAGUCUUGACAGAUGCCAGGUUGACUGCAGUCUCAGGACUGUCCUGGCAGGACACACAGGUCGAUAGUAGCAUGACUAAGAUCCUUGAGAUGUCCUGUUCAGACACUGAGGUUUGUGGGAUCAAGACUGCAGUUUUUGGACUGUCCUGGCUCAAUACAGAGGUCUAUAGUAGCGUGACUGCAGACAUGGGACUGUCCUGGCAGGACACAGAUGUCGAUAGUAGCAUGAAUAAGGUCUCUCGCCUAGACUGGCCCAACUUAACGGUCAAUAGUAGUGUGACUAAGGUCUCUGGACUGUACUGUUCAGACACUGAGGUUUGUAGUAUCGUGACUGCAGUCUCAGGACCGUCCUGGAAGGACACAGAGGUCGAUGGUAGCAUGACUAUGUUCUCUCACCUAUGCUGGCCGGACUUAGAGGUCAAUAUUGGCGUGACUGUGGUCUGUGGAUUGACCUGGCCACACAUCCAUGUUCUACACACAGUUUACACCGCGGUAGUAUUCUGUUAGUCGUACAUGAUAACACUCCCUCGGGGAUUUAGGCAGAGAGGAGUAAGCAAUGGUUCUUUCUGUUGGCGAGUACAUUAUGUUGGGGCUCCAUGCGGUUAUCUGCGCUCUGCCGUCUUUUACCUGUGGGUGAUAGGACAAUCAUAUCUUGCUAUAUCGGGGGGAGGGGCAGCAUUGCACAGUAGAGGGGGGGUCCAUGGCUUCCUGCCUGCCUUGUCUUGCUUUUCAUCCAGCCCCUAGAUGACGCCUCCUAGUGCUAGACUGCAGCUUCAUGUGUAGUGUUUACAGCCGUGAUUGGUCCAGCUUUGUGCGGUUGUGUGAUAUCGCUGGUGAUUGGCUGAUAGUUCUGCAGAAAUAGGGUCGGGGACGUGGGGCUCAGCCACUGGUUGGGACCUUGGUGUCGGAGGACGUGGUGGUCAGUCUUGUUAUGUGAGGAGGCUGCAUGAGCGAGGGCCCCGGCUUACGGACGUGGCCUGUAUUAACUGCUUCCAUGCUGUGAGGGCGGAGACGGCACUAGCUUUGCACACUAUGAAGUACCUAACGUGUAUAUCUUUACGUGAUGUCAUCUUAAUUUGGAACUAAUAACUCUUUAGUUGUUUUUUUUUUGUAAAUAAAAGUUUGUUGUAUUUAA